ACUCCCUCAGCGGAAUCCCACUCUGUCAGUGAGUUCGCCCAGCCGAGCUGCGGUCCCGCUUUGUAACGUCUGUAAGUAAAAAUGAGCGACAAAGGUCUGUCAGACGAGGCAGCGACUGCAGCUUGUAAAGAUGGAGACCUAAUAACCAAGGAUUUCAUGAUGCAGCAGACUAUGCUGCGGGUUAAAGACCCGGUUAAGUCCUUGGAUUUCUACACCAGAAUCCUCGGCAUGACGCUCCUGCAAAAGUUUGACUUCCCCUCCAUGCGUUUCUCUCUCUUCUUCUUGGGCUACGAAGACAAGAAGGAGAUUCCUGCAGAUGUGAAGGAAAAGACGGCCUGGACCUUUUCCAGAAGGGCCACCAUUGAGCUGACACAUAACUGGGGCUCUGAGUCUGAUGAGAGCCAGUCUUAUCACAAUGGAAACUCUGAUCCACGUGGCUUUGGCCACAUCGGAAUUGCAGUUCCUGAUGUCUAUGCAGCCUGUAAAUUGUUUGAAGAGCAAGGAGUCACGUUUGUCAAGAAGCCAGAUGAUGGUAAAAUGAAAGGCUUGGCCUUCAUUCAAGAUCCUGAUGGCUACUGGAUUGAGAUCCUGAGUCCUAACAAUAUGGUGUCCAUUACGUCAUAAAAACUGAUAACAUGCUAACUGCUGCAGUGCAGACAGGCAGACCUGCUGUGGCUUCAUUGGGAGAGCAGAACGUUGGGGUUUAGCGACGAAUUUAGCAACCUGCGCUGGAGAGCUGAGGGAAAAUGGAGCGGCAUGAGUUGCACAAUGGCAAUCAGUGUGUCCUGGCAUGGGGCCGGACUAAUAUUGGGAGGUGAUGAGCAAAUAGAUUAGAUACCUGAGUUAUUGCUAUGAAUAGCAGCUACUUUGUGUAGCUGUUGGGUUUGUCUGCCAUCAUCAGUUUGUAUGUGUUUUUCAAAAAGUGAUGCUGAAAUAAAGCGGUAUUACUGUGUAAUAAAUGUGAGAGCCACUGUUCAAA